AUGAGUAAGCGGAGUAAUCGUCGGGAGCCUUCCUCUUCGGAGGAAAGCAGUGUCGAUAGCGAAGAAGAAUCCCGUCGGAAGGAUCUGAAGGAACGGGAUGAGUUUGCGCAGCGAUUGAAAAAACGCGAUGAAGAUCGCACCCGGAAGGUGGUCGAAUCCUCGUCCAGCAAACGGGCGUACGAGGAGGCCGCCAAACGGUUGAAGCUUGAAGCGGAAGACAAAGAGAAACUGCUGCCCAAGCUUCGCAUCCAGUCCCGCCGGCAGUAUCUGGAGAAACGUAAGGAGGACAAAGUUGCUGAGCUCGAAGCAGACAUCCUCGACGAUGAGUACCUGUUCGGGGACACGGACAUUACCGAGCGGGAGCGGCAGGAUCGGGAGUACAAGAAAAGUCUGCUUCAGAUCGCAAAGGAACAUGAGAAGGCACGGGAACUGGAGCGGGUUCAACGCUAUCACAUGCCAAAGGACAUCAAGAAGGGUGAACAGCAGGAGUACGUCGAGGUGGACGAACGGGAACGGUUGCCAAACUCGGAACAGAAAAAGUGGGAAGCGGAACAGCUCGCUUCGGCGGUGUACAAGUUCGGCUCAAAAGACGCCAAGGAACGGGCCGCUCAGCAGGAAGAGUAUGAGUUGCUGUUGGAGGAGCAGAUCGAUUUCAUUCAAGCCCUCCGGCAGGAGGGCACCAAAGACAAGGACCGUAAGCCAGAAGUCACGGAAGCGGAAAAGAAAAAGAUGAGCAUCGCAGAAACGAAAAAGUCGCUACCGAUCUAUCCGUUCAAGGAAGAUCUCAUCGCUGCCAUCCGCGAUCACCAGAUUCUGAUCAUCGAGGGUGAAACGGGUUCGGGGAAAACGACGCAAAUCCCUCAGUACCUCUACGAGGCCGGAUUCACGAACGAUGGUAAAAAGAUUGGCUGUACCCAGCCACGUCGUGUGGCCGCCAUGUCGGUGGCAGCUCGUGUUGCCGAAGAGAUGGGUGUUAAACUUGGCAACGAAGUUGGGUACAGCAUCCGGUUCGAGGACUGCACCUCGGAGCGUACGGUGCUAAAGUACAUGACCGAUGGUACGCUGCAUCGGGAAUUUCUUUCCGAACCCGAUCUCGGAUCGUACAGUGUGAUGAUCAUUGACGAAGCGCAUGAACGUACGCUUCAUACAGACAUUCUUUUCGGGCUGGUCAAGGACAUCGCACGUUUUCGGUUGGACUUGAAACUACUGAUCUCCAGCGCGACGCUCGAUGCGGACAAGUUUUCCGAUUUCUUCGACGAAGCUCCAAUCUAUCGAAUCCCCGGACGACGAUAUCCGGUGGACAUAUUCUACACUAAAGCACCCGAAGCGGAUUACAUUGAUGCUUGCGUGGUGUCGGUGCUUCAAAUCCACGCCACACAACCACUGGGUGAUAUUCUGGUCUUUUUAACGGGUCAAGAAGAAAUUGAAGCUUGCCAGGAAAUGUUGCAAGAUCGCGUGAAACGGCUCGGGUCGAAACUGAAGGAACUGAUCAUUCUACCGAUCUACGCCAACCUACCGUCCGAUAUGCAGGCAAAGAUAUUCGAACCGACCCCACGGAACGCGCGGAAGGUGGUGCUUGCAACCAACAUUGCGGAGACAUCGCUCACGAUUGAUAACAUUAUCUACGUGAUCGAUCCGGGCUUCGCGAAGCAGAACAAUUUCAAUUCCCGCACUGGCAUGGAAACACUGAUGGUGGUACCGAUCUCGAAGGCUUCGGCCAACCAACGGGCGGGUCGAGCCGGUCGUGUUGCACCCGGCAAGUGCUUCCGCCUGUACACGGCUUGGGCAUACAAGAACGAAUUGGAGGACAAUACGGUGCCGGAGAUCCAACGGAUCAACCUUGGCAAUGCGGUUCUGAUGCUGAAAGCCCUCGGAAUCAACGAUCUGUUGCAUUUCGACUUUCUUGAUCCACCACCCCACGAAACGCUCGUACUGGCACUCGAGCAGCUAUACGCACUGGGCGCCCUAAAUCAUCAUGGCGAACUCACGAAACUGGGUCGCCGCAUGGCCGAGUUCCCUGUCGAUCCGAUGAUGGCAAAGAUGCUGCUGGCAAGCGAGAAGUACAAGUGUUCCGAAGAUGUCGUUACAAUCGCUGCAAUGCUGUCUGUCAAUGGGGCCGUAUUUUACCGGCCAAAAGAUAAAAUCAUUCACGCUGAUACGGCACGCAAAAAUUUUAACCACCUGCACGGUGACCACCUAAGCUUGAUGCAGGUGUACAAUCAGUGGGUCGAGUCAGACUAUAGCACGCAGUGGUGCUACGAAAAUUACAUUCAAUUUCGCUCCAUGAAGCGGGCCCGCGACGUACGGGAACAGCUUGUCGGGCUGAUGCAGCGUGUCGAGAUUGAGAUGGUGUCGGCAUUACCGGAAACGACCAACAUGCGGAAGGCAAUUACGGCGGGUUAUUUCUAUCACGUGGCGCGUCUCUCGAAGGGAGGAAACUAUAAGACGGUAAAACACAACCAAGGGGUCAUGAUACACCCUAACUCGGCACUGUUUGAGGAGUUGCCCCGCUGGGUGCUCUAUCAUGAGCUGGUUUUUACGACGAAAGAGUUUAUGCGCUCCGUCAUCGAGAUCGAUAGCAAGUGGUUGCUCGAAGUGGCGCCGCACUACUACAAACCGAAGGAAUUGGAAGACUCUACCAAUAAAAAGAUGCCCAAAACGGUAGGACGGGCCACCCUGACGGAUGUGUAA